GUUUGCCAGCAAGCAGUGUUGUUUCUCGGUGACAAUUUUUAACCUGAAAUUACAGUAGGUAACCCUCAAGAGUGGAUUCCAGAUUUCUCUUCGGUUACAUAGUUGUCUGCUGACGUAUCAAGCAUGGAAAGAUUACCCCAAGAGCUUGGCGAGGAGGUUGCUGCUAGGUUAGUGGAAAACGAUGUAACUACAAUUGAAACGUUCAUGAUGUUGUCGCAGGAAAUGGUCAUGUCAAAUCUGCAGAUGAAACUUGGCUCUUGGCUCAGGAUUCAGAAACUUCAACAAACUUUUCAUGAAUCUGAAAUAAAAUCGGAGACCAUUCAAACAUCAUUAAACAACAGUAAUCCAAUUCAGUUGGAUGAAAAUAUCAACAAGGAUUCGGUAAUAAACGUACUCGAAUCAAGUCCCCAAUGUCAGAAGCUGUUACGUGGAAAAUUAGCGGAAGGUGUUUCACUGCUGAAAAAGGAGAAACUUCUAAUUAAUCGAACACUAUGUGAUCAUUUCUUUUUGAAGGAAGUAAAUGCUGGAAGAUCUAUUACAACUGCCGUGAAGAAAAAACUUGCACAGAGUAUCAUUGAAGCUUUUGAUUGCCUGACAUGUAACGCUGAGGAUAAGCCAGUCGAGGCUGACUUUUUCUGGGAGCAUAAUGGAGAGGCUUCAGGAGAACAUACAGGCUACAUUCAUUUUUGGAUUCGUAACAAACAAGCUCAAGCGCCAUCAUCUGUAAAAAGAAAACGGAACAAUGUGCAAAAUUUAACCCGCGAGAACGCUGAUACGAUUGAUGAACUUUUGGAACUUGAUGAGAAUACUGAGUAUUCAAUCGUAGAACAACUGAUGAGAGCUACUUUUCAGUACCGUGAUGGACUACGUAAACGGAGUAUACGCUAUGCAGAGAUGUUAGAUCAGUUCCCUCACUUAUUGCUUCAUGAUGGACAAUCGGUUCAUUGCGACUUCGAACUGAUGUAUCCGGAUAAAGAUGCCACCCAACCAUUUUCAACCAUCGUACCUUUGUGCCUCAUGCUGAACCACUUUUACGACGAAAUUGCUUGUGUUGGAAUACAGGCGCUACUAAAAAUUAUGGCAGUGCUUACACACCAGGGUAACGUCAGAAAAGCAGAUCCUACGAACCUGCCGCCCUUGGAAGAUUUUGCUUCAGUGUUCGUGAGAUGGAAGCAGGAAGCACCUAAUGAUGAAAUCGAUACCUCAUGUGCACCGUUCAUUUAUUGUGAUACGCUUGCCUUUGCGGAAGGAAUGUACUAUGUUAUUUUAGAUAGGAGCACAAUCGCAUGCGGACCAGACUUUUUCCAAGCGUUAGAUUUACUAUUGAAGAUUUACAAAGUACUAAAUGUAAAAGUGCCCAGUAGAGCGAAGAAAACGCUUGAUUUUUUUGAUGUUUUUGUUUACAAGAUUCUUAAGUACAGUCGUGUAACGCGAGUCAAUGAUCUUUGCGCACAUCUAUCUAAAGCUGUUAAAACACUUCCACAGGCUUAA